UAUUUGUUUUCACAUUGAAAUUGACAUAUUGAUUCAUUGAAUAAAUAAAAUUGAUUAUAUAAUGUAAAAAACAAAACAAAAAAAUGCGUCCUUCAAAAUUAUGGUCAAUCUAUCAAUUUAUUUGCAGUUGCGGUAUUUGUCGAAAAAUUAAGGAAAAUAAUAUCAUCUUCUACCUAACAAUAACAAUCAUUAUUAUCAUUGUCUGCUAUUUGAUUGGUUUUCUCAUCACUUUUUUAUUGUUAUUUUCUUAUAUUAUCUAUUAUAUUUACAACCUUUGUGAUAAGCUAUUAUAUAAUCCCUAUAAUCCCGAAGAUAGUCGUGUGAAUGUUCCAACACCUAAAUCAUAUGGUCUGGAUUAUGAUAACUUAUUCUUAAAUGCUAAAGAUGGCACAAAAAUUCAUAUGCAAUUCAUCAAACAACCAAUUGAAACCGCUAAUAAAUGUAUUACUAUGAUUUAUUUUCAUGGAAAUGCUGGUAAUAUCGGCCAUCGUUUAAUCAAUGCAAUAGAAUUUCAUAAACGAUUAAAAUGUAAUGUUUUGAUGGUAGAAUAUCGUGGGUACGGCUUUUCGGAAGGACGACCAUCUGAAAAGGGCCUUUACCAAGAUGCAUUAGCUGCUAUUCAAUUUGUAAAUAGUUGUAGACAAGUUGAUUCUUCAAAAAUUGUUCUAUUCGGUCGUUCAUUAGGAGCUGCUGUAGCCAUUGGUUUAGCUGAUAAAAUAAACAGGAAUUCACGACUUUCCCAUCUUCGACCUAUGGCCAUGGUAAUUGAAAAUACUUUUACUAGUGUGCCUGACAUUUCUCGCCAUUUAAUCGCCCAACAUACACCUGAUUGUCCUUUUUGGAUUAUGCGUUUUUUUCAAUUCAUGCCGGAUUGGUUCUACAAAAGUCGAUUCAAUUCUAUCGACAAAAUUUCCCGAAUAACUGUACCGACUAUUUUUAUUUCUGCACAAUUGGACGAAUUAAUUCCACCGAAGAUGAUGGCUAAAUUAUUCAAAAAUUCCCCAGCCAUUUACAAAGAAUUGCACACAUUUGAAUCUGGAACGCACAACUUUACUUGGAAAUGUCCUUCUUAUUACGAAACUAUUGAUCAUUUUUUGAAAACUAUCCUUGAAUUAAAAGCCUUGAUGGUGUCGACCGAAAACAAUACUUAUGAUACUCCCACCGAUAUUCCUAGUUAUCAAUCUAUUGAUUUGGAAGCUAUCGAAAAAAUGCCUUUGAUUGCUCAACAAAUUCAAAACGAUGAUCCUUCCAAUAAUGAGUCAAAUAGAAAAUAAAUUCAGAAGAUUAAAAUUCAUCAUUUAAAAUCCUUAAAAACUUUGAAUCUGAUUAUUGUAUUUCUUAACCAUAUGACAAAGCUUGCACAAUUCAUUUAGCGAAUGUUGUUCUAAAGUUCGAUGUAAAAGAUGGCACCACA